UGAAUUUAAUCCAAUAAUCUAGGCAUCUUUAUUUCAUUAAUUUUUUUAAAAAAAUUUUCUGGGUUCCAAAAAAUGAACGUUAAUGCUCCAUAAACUACUCUCCAUUGAAGACAGACUUCCAAGCACAUCCUCCUGAGAAAUUUGAUUAAAAAUGUCUGAAGUUGAUACUAAAAAAGUAGCCGAUCGUUACCUCAAACGGGAAGUCCUCGGAGAAGGUACAUACGGUGUCGUUUACAAAGCCAUCGACACUAAGACAGGGCAGACAGUGGCAAUUAAGAAAAUUCGGAUAGGGAAGCAGAAAGAAGGAGUAAAUUUUACAGCGUUGAGAGAAAUUAAGUUGUUGAAAGAGCUCAAGGACCCGAAUAUUAUUGAGUUGAUUGAUGCUUUUCCCCAUAAGGGGAAUUUACAUCUUGUGUUUGAGUUUAUGGAGACUGAUCUUGAGGCGGUUAUUCGAGAUAGAAAUAUAGUGCUUUCACCAGCUGAUAUCAAGUCAUAUCUUCAGAUGACACUGAAAGGGCUUGCGUUUUGCCAUAAAAAAUGGGUAUUACAUAGGGAUAUGAAACCGAACAAUUUGUUAAUUGGACCGCGUGGGCAGCUUAAACUUGCGGACUUUGGAUUGGCACGGAUCUUUGGCAGUCCAGACAGGAGAUUCACUCACCAGGUAUUUGCCCGUUGGUACAGAGCACCAGAGCUUUUGUUUGGUGCAAAGCAAUAUGGUCCCAGUGUUGAUAUCUGGGCUGCUGCUUGUAUAUUUGCUGAGCUCCUACUACGUCGACCAUUUCUGCAGGGGAACAGCGAUAUUGAUCAACUGGGAAAGAUCUUCGCGGCUUUUGGUACUCCAAAGCCCUCACAGUGGCCAGAUAUGAUUUAUUUGCCUGAUUAUGUGGAAUACCAAUAUGUUCCAGGACAGCCUCUUCGUACACUUUUUCCAAUGGCCGGCGAUGAUGCUUUGGACCUUUUAUCAAAGAUGUUCAAUUAUGACCCAAAAGCCAGAAUUUCAGCACAACAGGCAUUAGAGCAUAGGUACUUCUCAUCUGGGAUCCCUCCUACAGAACCAGCUUUGCUGCCAAGACCUCCCCCAAAAAAGGAAUCCGUCACUUCUAAGGGUUCAGACUUCAAUCCACUUGAAGGUCCGACAGUCUUGUCCCCUCCAAGAAAGUCAAGGAGGGUUAUGCCAAAUCGUGAAGGAUUUGAAGGGAACACCCAUUUAGCUGACAGGAUGGAUGACCACGAAUAUGAAGCUAGACAAUCAGCUGAUGAAAGGAAUGAGCAUGUAGCAAUGUCAUUAGAUUUCUCCAUACUUGGGACGAGACCUCCUAGUAGACCAACAAUUAACAGUGCCGACAGAACACACUUGAAGAGGAAACUAGAUCUUGAGUUCCAGCCAGAAGAAGAAGAUUGAUCGACUGAUUCAUUGAUGAACUUGGACACUUAUCCACCAUAAGGGGGAAAAAAAAGAUUUUUUUGACUAGCUGGUUAUUAUAGUGAUAUCGAUGACUGCAUGAUACAGAGUGUGUUUGAACAGCUCAUUUUUGGAAAACCAAACCCCCCCAAC